AAUUCUCGAGUGCGACGCGUCGCCAGUCGGAAUCGGCGCGGUGCUAUCCCACGAUGUGGGUCAAGGUGUGUUACGUCCGGUCGGCUUCCGUUCCCGCAUACUCACCCAAGCAGAGCGUAACUAUUCACAGUUAGAGCGGGAAGUCCUCGCAUUGGUAUUUGGUGUGCUUAAAUUUCGUGCCUAUUUGCUCGGCAGAGUUUUCACCUUGAUAACCGACCACAAACCGCUCGUAGGCCUUUUCCAUCCAGACAAGCCUGUACCUGCCAUGGCUGCAGGCCGGAUCCAGCGCUGGGCCCUUAUCUCGAGCGCCUACAGCUACAAUAUCCAGCACAAGGAUGGCAAGGCCAACGUUCCCGCUGACGCGCUCAGCAGGAUUCCGGUAUCCUCAUCGACACUUCCCGAAGAAUCCGAAGAUUGCGAUGGUUACAGGCGAUCCAGUGUGGGUACGCAACUUUGGACAAGGAGAGCCCUGGACGCCGGCCACGAUCCGGGAAACGCAAGGCGCCCGGAUGGUAACGGCGGAUGGUGCUACGGGCGAGAUCGUACGCCGUCACUUGGACCAAGUCAAGGUGCGACUGCCGGACAGCUCAUUGGCCAAUUCACCAGUCCCGUGUCCCACUGACAUAAGGCCAGAAAGCAACACGGGCCGUCCAGAACCAGAGGACCCACCUUCAGCGGGAUCGCCUGCAUGAACAGACCUACGGCCCCUCGAGGCUACCCCAACCCUGAGGAGGUCCACUCGGAUCCGAAGACCCCCCGAACGGUUUUCCCCUUAGAAAAAAAAAAGGGGGGGGGGGGAAGAAGAUUGUUGUGACGUCAGCCCACACGCGGCUAUCACAGAUUAUCUGGUGGCCAUCACUUUCGCCUCCCCGUAUGCCCUUUCCCUUGCUCUGCGAUCUCGGGGCAUAUAAACAACGCCCAAGACAAUAAAGCACGCUUUUUCCUUGUUGGCUCCACGAGUGCCGGCGUCUGGUCAUUU